AUGAACUGUCUGCAUCUGCAGUUAGGAUUUUUGAAUUGCGAGGCAAUUUGGAGCGACGGUCUAUCAGGAGGUAAUGCCCUGCUCUGGAAGGAUGAUGUUGAUGUUCACUUUCGCUCUAAAUCUGCACAUCAUAUUGAUGUGAAGAUUAGGGCAACUGAUGGAUUGGGUAUGGCUUGGAGGCUGACUGGUUUGUAUGGGCAUCCAGUGACGGCUUCUCGUCAUCUUACGUCGGAGAAGGAAGGAGGUGUGGUAAGGCGUGCAAGUCAAAUGCAACCUUUCUGGGAUGUGUUGGCAGAAUGUGAUGUCAUUAACUUAGGGUUUACUGGAUCUCCUUUCACUUGGAAGGGCCCGGGAAUGAGGAGUCGUCUGGACCGCGCCGUGGCUAUGGCAACGUGGUCUGAUAUCUUUACGGCAGUGCAAGAGUCGACAAAAGGGAUAGAGUCGGUGGUGCUCCAUUAUUUUUCCAAGAUUUUCAUUGCAGGUGCAGUUGAUUGUGGCUAUAUGCAGUCUAUCAUUGAGCUCUUGCAGCCUAGGAUUACGGCCAUCAUGAAUGCUGACCUUUGUGCUCCGUACACUGCAGUGGAGAUUAAGGCUGCCUUGUUCCAGAUGUACCCAACUAAAGCCCUCGAUCCUGAUGGAAUGCCUCCUCUAUUUUUUCAAAAGUAUUGGGAUGUAGUGGAUACGGUGCAGAACUUUCUUCAUUCUGUUAAAGAUCCUCAGUCUGUUUCUGAUCUUCGUCCAAUUGCCUUGUGUAAUGUUGUGUAUAAAAUUUGUUCUAAAGCUAUUGCUAAUAGGUUGAAAAAGAUUUUAUCCCAGAUUAUUAAUCCUUCUCAGAGUGCUUUUAUUUCGGGAAGGUUGAUCACUGAUAAUAGGUUGGUCGCUAAGGAGGUGUCACAUUUUAUUCACAACUGUUACUGUAGCUCAGAUGCUGGCUUUUCUCCGAAAUUGGACAUGAGCAAGACCUAUGACCUUAUGGAAUGGUGCUUUCUGGAGUCUGUUUUACUUCGGUUGGGUUUUGAUGAAUCUUGGGUUGCAUUGAUCAUGCAAUGUGUCAUUAUCGUCAGAUAUGCUUUCUUGUUGAAUGGGCAACCUAAAGGGUAUCUCACUCCUACCAAGGUCCUUCGUCAAGGGGACCUUGUAUCUCCGUAUCUCUUUUUAUUGUGUGCUGAAAUGUUCUCUGCCUUACUGGAGAGGAAAGUUUUGAAUGGGGAGUUGCAAGGGAUCAGUGUCUGUAAGGAUGCACCUGUAAUACAUCAUUUAUUAUUUGUCGAUGACAACUUAUUAUUUGGUAAGGCUACUUCUGCAGAAUGUUUUCACAUUAAGGAGGUGUUGAAAGAUUAUGAGUUGGCCUUGGGACAACAGAUAAAUUUCUCAAAAAACAGUAUUGUAUUCAGCAAGAAAGUACCAGAGGUUGACAAAUAG